AGUGAACACAACUCAAACAGAGCUGAGAACACUAAAAUAAAACAAAAUAUAUUUACAACAAUUACGAAUUAAAAAUAUUUGAUAGAACAAAAAACAUACAUUUAACCACGAUCAAGGAUUACUUUACAAUAACAAACAACAAAAUGCAAACCACCGAAGGAUCUCCCGAUAUUAUGGAUCAAAAAUACAACUCCGUCAGAUUAUCUCCAGCUGCGUCAAGUCGCAUCCUAUAUCAUGUGCCUUGCAAAGUUUGCCGUGACCACAGUUCUGGCAAACAUUACGGUAUCUAUGCAUGUGAUGGCUGUGCUGGUUUCUUCAAGCGUUCCAUUCGGCGUUCCCGCCAAUAUGUGUGCAAAUCCCAGAAACAAGGACUCUGUGUGGUGGACAAAACCCAUCGCAAUCAGUGCCGUGCCUGCCGCUUGCGCAAAUGUUUCGAAGUUGGCAUGAACAAAGAUGCUGUCCAACACGAACGUGGACCCCGCAACUCCACAUUGCGCCGCCACAUGGCCAUGUACAAAGAUGCCAUGAUGGGUGGCUCUGAAAUGCCCCAGAUCCCAGCUGAAAUUCUUAUGAACACCGCAGCUUUAACUGGUUUCCCCGGCUUGCCAAUGCCAAUUCCAGGAUCCCAUCAUAUGCAUCCCAGUUUGGCUGGAGCCUUCCCUGCACCACCAUCAGUUUUGGAUUUAUCUGUACCUCGUGUACCCCAACAUCCCAUGCAUCAAGCUCAUCCCGGUUUCUUUGCACCCACUGCCGCCUACAUGAAUGCCUUGGCUGCCACCCGUGUCUUGCCACCCACACCUCCACUAAUGGCUGCCGAACACAUUAAAGAAACUGCCGCCGAACAUCUCUUCAAGAACAUCAACUGGAUUAAGAACGUGCCCUCAUUCGGUGAAUUGCCUCUGCCCGAUCAAUUGCAGUUGUUGGAAGACUCCUGGAAGGAAUUCUUCAUCUUGGCCAUGGCGCAAUAUCUCAUGCCCAUGAACUUCACUCAGCUAUUGUUCGUUUACGAAUCGGAAAAUCCCAACCGCGAUGUUACCGGUUUGGUAACCCGUGAAGUGCAUGCCUUCCAAGAUGUCCUAAAUCAAUUGUGUCAUCUCAACAUUGAUAGCCAUGAAUAUGAACUCAUUCGUGCCUUGACCCUAUUCCGCCGCCCUGGCUCCGAUGAUUUGGCCAAUUCUUCACUGUCCACCAGCAACGGCAGUCCCAACUCCAGCAUCUCUGCCGAAUCUCGUGGCCUCAUCGAAAGCACCAAAAUUGCCGCCUUACAUGAUGAGAGCCGUAAUGCCCUCAUUGGCUACAUUGCCCGUCUACAUCCCGGCCAACCCAUGCGUUUCCAAAGCAUUAUGAGUGUAUUGACCCAGAUGCACAAAGUCUCCUCGUUUGCCAUUGAGGAAUUGUUCUUCCGCAAAACUAUUGGUGACAUUACCAUUGUUCGUUUGAUUGGUGACAUGUACAGCCAGCGAAAAAUUUAAAAUGCAACGAACAGUUUGCCGUCGGACAAAUGACUUGUGGGCCCAAAGAAAGUUUGGGUCGAUACACCAGUGAAACAUGCACACAUUGGGGCACAGGACACUUGAAGUGUCCACAACCGCUGCUAAGCCCAGUGGGGCCCUGAUGCACUCGAUUGCCUCAGGUCAGCGGAGUGCUCCAGUUCUGGAAACUGUGAUAAUAAUGCCUCAGCCUGAUUUAUCAUCGGAUAUUUGUAGACCAAAAUGGACAAUACUCAAAGUUUUGAUGUGGCCAACAGCUGUAAGCACUUAAAACAAAAAGGCUUCCAAUUUAAAAUAAAAAGCCUUAAUGAAUGAAAUAAGCCUUCAAAGAAAAGUGUGAACAAAAAUAUCAUCCAAGUGAUCUUAAUCGUAGCUUAAGUUUAGCAAAAGUUGCAAAUUUUUGUUAUAUGUUUAAAAAGAGAGAGAAAAGAACAAACUAACAAAAAUGUUGAAAUCAGUUAUAAAUUUUUAUACACAUUUAUGUAAAUAUUUUAUAAAAUAACUUAAAAUAAUAUUUUAUAUUAAAAAAAUAC